AUGAUAUCUCCUCUCUCUAUUGAUAAACCUUCAUUUGAUCUCUAAAAACGAAAACCCUUUAGUCCUACUGAAAUAACUUAAUAGUAAAAUUUAUUAUAAAGAAAAUUGCAAUAACAAUAAUCUGACAUCAUUUCAACUAUUCAACCUAAAAAUGCUCAUUUGAAUAAUAAUAAUAUUUAACAUGGACUAUAAAAAUUGCUCAAAACAAGUCCUUAUGGUUAAUUAAUUAAGCAAAAGUCUUAAAUUCAAAUAUAUAAUUAGGACAGUAUCUCAUACAACUAUUAGAGUGGUUGUUCUCCUCCAUUCUAAACUUCUCAUAAUUUUUUUUAAACAGAUUAAAAACAAUCAAAUUCAAAUACUUAAAAUAGUAUAUAAAGAAGAAUUCCCUCUAAUUAUAGAGUAACUCUCCAUAAAAAAUCAUUUGAUAAUUCUUCUUAGUUAAUAUCUUGUAGAUUAAAAGAUUAAUAACAAAUAUCAGCUCUUCAAUAAUUAUUAUAAAGAACAGCUCACAUAUUAUAAAAUUAUAAAGAUGAAAUUGUCAAAUAUGAAGUUGAAAAUGCUAAAUUAAAAGAAAAAAUUGCCAUUCUAAAAAAUUCAUGA